GCUCCAGAGUGUUCCUAGGUGGUAGCUGACCUCAGUCCCAUCCCAAGCACGUCCAAGACUGACUGAACUGAAAGAGACAUCGCCGCUGCACGGCCUGGGCCACCUCAUCAUGGACCAAAGCUACGUGUGCGCCCUCAUAGCCAUGAUGGUGUGGAGCAUCAUGUACCAUAGUUGGCUGACCUUCGUGUUGCUGCUCUGGGCCUGCCUCAUCUGGACCGUGCGCAGCCGCCACCAGCUGGCCAUGCUCUGCUCGCCCUGCAUCUUGCUGUACGGGCUGACGCUCUGCUGCCUGCGCUACGUGUGGGCCAUGGACCUGAAUCCUGAGCUGCCCACCACCCUGGGUCCCAUCAGCCUGCAUCAGCUGGGGCUGGAACACACACCGUACCCCUGCCUGGACCUUGGUGCCAUGCUGCUCUAUAUGCUGACAUUCUGGCUCCUGCUGCGCCAGUUUGUAAAGGAGAAGCUGCUGAAGAAGGCGAAGGCGCCCACUCAGCUGCUGGAGGUCACAGUGGCUGAUACAGAGCCCUCACAGACGCGAACGCUGCUGCGGAGCCUGGGAGAACUGGUCAUGGGCAUCUACGCCAAGUACUGGAUCUACGUGUGUGCUGGAAUGUUCAUUGUGGUCAGCUUUGCUGGCCGCCUGGUGGUCUAUAAGAUCGUUUACAUGUUCCUCUUCCUGCUGUGCCUCACACUGUUCCAGGUCUACUACAGCCUGUGGAGGAAGCUGCUCCGCAUCUUCUGGUGGCUUGUGGUGGCUUAUACCAUGCUGGUGCUCAUUGCCGUGUACACCUUCCAGUUCCAGGACUUCCCCACCUACUGGCGCAACCUCACGGGCUUCACGGAUGAGCAGCUGGGGGACCUGGGCCUGGAGCAGUUCAGUGUGUCGGAACUCUUCUCCAGCAUCCUCAUCCCUGGCUUCUUCCUGCUGGCCUGCAUCCUACAGUUGCAUUACUUCCACCGGCCUUUCAUGCAGCUCACCGACCUGGAGCACGUGCCCCCGCCAAGCACCCGCCGCCUUGGCUGGGCUCACAGGCAGGACGCAGUCAGCGAGGCCCCCCUGCUGCAGCAGCAGGAGGAGGAGGAGGAGGUCUUCAGAGAUGAGGCGCUCAGCAUGGAUGGUCCCUACCAGGCCACACAGGUCCCUGAGGUUGCAGCCAGCAAGUGGGGUCUCGUGGCAGACCGGCUGCUGGACCUGGCGGCCAGCUUCUCGGACGUACUGUCGCGCAUCCAGGUGUUUGUACGGUGCCUGCUGGAGCUGCACAUCUUCAAGCUGGUGGCCCUGUACACUGUCUGGGUGGCCCUGAAGGAGGUGUCCGUGAUGAACCUACUGCUGGUGGUGCUGUGGGCUUUCGCCUUGCCCUACCCACGUUUCCGGCCUAUGGCCUCCUGCCUCUCCACCAUAUGGACCUGCAUCAUCAUUGUGUGCAAGAUGCUCUAUCAGCUCAAGAUCGUCAACCCACCGGAGUACUCCAGCAACUGCACCAAGCCCUUCCCCAACAGCACCAACUUGCAACCCAUGGAGAUCAACCAGUCCUUGCUGUACCAUGACCCUAUCGACCCUGCCAACUGGUUUGGGGUGCGGAAGGGCUUCCCUAAUCUGGGCUAUAUCCAGAACCACUUGCAGAUCCUGCUGCUGCUGGUGUUCGAAGCCAUGGUAUACCGGCGCCAAGAGCACUACCGCCGGCAGCACCAGAGGGCCCCGCUGCCUGCCCAGGCUGUGUAUGCCGACGGUACCCGCCAGAGGCUUGACCAGGACCUACUCAGCUGUCUCAAGUACUUCGUCAACUUCUUCUUCUACAAAUUUGGGCUGGAAAUCUGCUUCCUGAUGGCUGUGAAUGUGAUUGGGCAACGCAUGAACUUCAUGGUGAUCCUACAUGGCUGCUGGCUGGUGGCCAUCCUCACCCGCCGGCACCGGGAGGCCAUCGCCCGCCUCUGGCCCAACUACUGCCUGUUCCUCACACUCUUCCUCCUGUACCAGUACCUGCUGUGCCUGGGCAUGCCGCCUGCCCUGUGCAUUGACUACCCAUGGCGCUGGAGCCAGGCCAUUCCCAUGAACUCUGCUCUCAUCAAGUGGCUGUACCUGCCCGACUUCUUCAGGGCCCCUAACUCCACCAACCUCAUCAGUGACUUUCUCCUGCUGCUCUGCGCCUCCCAACAGUGGCAGGUCUUCUCUGCUGAACGCACGGAGGAGUGGCAGCGCAUGGCUGGCAUCAACACUGACCACCUGGAGUCCCUCCGUGGGGAGCCUAACCCCGUGCCCAACUUCAUCCACUGCAGGUCCUACCUGGACAUGCUGAAGGUGGCCGUCUUCCGCUACCUGUUCUGGCUGGUGCUGGUGGUGGUGUUCGUCACGGGGGCGACGCGCAUCAGCAUCUUCGGGCUAGGGUACCUGCUGGCCUGCUUCUACCUGCUGCUCUUCGGCACUGCCCUGCUGCAGAAGGAUACGAGAGCCCGCCUCGUGCUGUGGGACUGCCUUAUCCUCUACAACGUCACAGUCAUCGUCUCCAAGAACAUGCUCUCGCUCCUGUCCUGCGUCUUCGUGGAGCAGAUGCAGAGCAGCUUCUGCUGGGUCAUCCAGCUCUUCAGCCUCGUGUGCACGGUCAAAGGCUACUACAACCCCAAAGAGAUGACGGGCAGGGACCGGGACUGCCUGCUGCCCGUGGAGGAGGCCGGCAUCAUCUGGGACGGCAUCUGCUUCUUCUUCCUGUUGCUGCAGCGGCGCGUCUUCCUCAGCCACUACUUCCUGCAUGUCAGUGCUGACCUGAAGGCCACUGCUCUGCAGGCCUCCAGGGGAUUUGCCCUCUACAAUGCAGCCAACCUUAAGAGCAUCGACUUCCAUCGCAAGGCUGAGGAGAAGUCCUUGGCCCAGCUAAAAAGACAGAUGAAGCGUAUACGUGCUAAGCAGGAGAAGCACAGGCAGAGCCAGGCGAACCGCAGCCACUCCCAGUCCACUGACCCCCAGGACCCUAGUCAGGAGCCAGGACCUGACAGUCCAGGGGGCUCCUUUCCACCACAGAGACAAUGGUGGCGCCCCUGGCUGGACCAUGCCGCAGUCAUCCACUCUGGGGACUACUUCCUGUUCGAGUCUGACAGUGAGGAGGAAGAGGAGGCCCUGCCUGAGGACCCUAGGCCCUCAGCACAGAGUGCCUUCCAGAUGGCAUACCAGGCAUGGGUGACCAAUGCACAGACGGUGCUGAGACAGCGUCAGGAGCGGGCACAGCAGGAGCGGGCACAACAGGCACCCUCUGGAGGUGGACAAAGCCAUGAGGUGGAGCCCGUGGAGGCCCAGGAGGAUGAGAUGGCAGGCCGCAGCCACGUGAUGCAGCGUGUGCUGAGCACCAUGCAGUUCCUCUGGGUGCUGGGACAGGCCACAGUGGAUGGGCUGACACGCUGGCUGUGUGCAUUCACAAGGCACCACCGCACCAUGAGUGAUGUGCUGCGUGCAGAGCGCUACCUGCUCACUCAGGAGCUCCUGCGGGGUGGAGAGGUGCACCGGGGGGUGCUGGACCAGCUUUAUGUGAGUGAAGCUGAGACUACAUUGCCAGGUCCCAUGGAGACUCGAGACGGACCCAGCACGGCCUCAAGUGGGCUGGGAGUUGAAGAACCUCUGAGCAGCAUGACAGACGACACCAGCAGCCCCCUGAGCACAGGCUACAGCACCCGCAGUGGCAGCGAGGAGAUGGUCACCGACACAGGGGACCCCCGGGCUGGGGCCUCCCUGCAGGGCUCCCAAGAGCUUCUGGCUAACACUCACACUCGGAUGCGCACGGCCAGCGAGCUGCUCCUGGACAGGCGCCUGCAAAUCACCGAACUGGAGGAGGCUGAGCAGUUUGAGGCACAGCAGGGUCGGAUGCUACGCCUGCUGCGGGCCAUUUGCCAGUGCAUAGCGGCGCACUCAGAGCUGCUGUGCUAUUUCAUCAUCAUCCUCAACCAUAUGGUGACAGCCUCGGCCGCCUCCCUGGUGCUGCCGGUGCUUGUCUUCCUGUGGGCCAUGCUGACCAUCCCAAGGCCCAGCAAGCGCUUCUGGAUGACUGCCAUCGUCUUCACCGAGGUCAUGGUGGUCACCAAGUACCUGUUCCAGUUUGGCUUCUUCCCCUGGAACAGCCAUGUGGUGCUGCGGCGCUAUGAGAACAAGCCCUACUUCCCACCGCGCAUCCUGGGCCUGGAGAAAACCGACAGCUACAUUAAGUACGACUUGGUGCAGCUCAUGGCUCUCUUCUUCCAUCGCUCUCAGCUGCUGUGCUACGGCCUCUGGGACCAUGAGGAUGACCGCUUCUCCAAGGAACAUCAUAGGAAUAGUCAAAAGGAUCAGGGGGCUGAGGAGGAGUCAGAGACUACGCUGGGACCCCAGCCUCAGGUAGGCAUGGAGCACCCCAAGAAGCAAGGACUGGCUGGAGCCCCCAAGGACCACGUCCCGGCGAAAGCCAGCAUCAGAUCCAAGGAUGGGAUCUCCGAACCCCCAGAGGACCUCAAGCCCCAAGAUGCAAGGCGUAUCAGCCUGCGCUUCCGAAGGAAGAAGGAGACCCUGGGACCCAAAGGAGCGGCAACCAUCGAGGCUGAGCAUGAGGAGGAAGAGGAGGAGGAAGAGACUGCAGGAAGAAAGAGCCUGAGCCACUCCAAAAAAAGGACGGUUCAGGAGAGAAUGAAGGUGGCUGGGCUCCGGCUCCGGAGCUUCUGCCUGUCACUGGCACAGAGCAUGUACCAACCCCUGAGGCGUUUCUUCCACGACAUCCUGCACACCAAGUACCGAGCGGCCACCGAUGUCUAUGUGCUCAUGUUCCUGGCUGAUGUUGUCGACGUCAUCAUUACCAUCUUUGGCUUUUGGGCCUUUGGGAAGCACUCUGCGGCUACAGACAUCGCGUCCUCACUGUCAGAUGACCAAGUGCCCGAGGCUUUCCUGGUCAUGCUGCUGGUCCAGUUCAGCACCAUGGUCAUUGACCGUGCCCUCUACCUGCGCAAGACUGUGCUGGGCAAGCUGGCCUUCCAAGUGGUCCUCGUACUGGCCAUCCACCUCUGGAUGUUUUUCAUCCUACCCGCUGUCACUGAGAGGAUGUUCAGCCAGAAUGCAGUGGCCCAGCUGUGGUACUUUGUGAAAUGCAUCUACUUCGCCCUGUCCGCCUACCAGAUCCGCUGUGGCUACCCAACCCGCAUCCUCGGCAACUUCCUCACCAAGAAGUACAAUCACUUGAACCUCUUCCUCUUCCAGGGGUUCCGUCUGGUGCCAUUCCUGGUGGAGCUGCGGGCUGUCAUGGACUGGGUGUGGACGGACACCACACUGUCCCUGUCCAACUGGAUGUGCGUGGAGGACAUAUAUGCCAACAUCUUCAUCAUCAAGUGUAGCCGAGAGACAGAGAAGAAAUACCCCCAGCCCAAGGGGCAGAAGAAGAAGAAGAUUGUCAAGUAUGGCAUGGGCGGCCUCAUCAUCCUAUUCCUCAUUGCUAUCAUCUGGUUCCCACUGCUCUUCAUGUCAUUGGUGCGCUCCGUGGUCGGCGUUGUCAACCAGCCUAUUGAUGUCACUGUCACUCUCAAGCUGGGUGGCUAUGAGCCACUGUUCACCAUGAGCGCCCAGCAGCCGUCCAUAGUGCCCUUCACGGCUCAAGCCUAUGAGGAGCUGUCCCGGCAGUUCGACCCCAACCCACUGGCCAUGCAGUUCAUCAGCCAGUACAGCCCUGAGGACAUCGUCACUGCACAGAUUGAGGGCAGCUCCGGGGCACUGUGGCGCAUCAGCCCCCCAAGCCGGGCCCAGAUGAAGCGGGAGCUGUACAAUGGCACGGCUGACAUCACCUUGCGCUUUACCUGGAAUUUCCAGAGAGACCUAGCCAAAGGUGGCAGUGUGGAGAACACCAAUGAGAAGCACACCCUGGAGCUGGCGCCCAACAGCACAGCUCGGCGGCAGCUGGCCCGCCUGCUUGAGGGAACCUCAAACCAGUCAGUGGUUAUCCCCCACCUCUUCCCCAAGUACAUCCGAGCCCCCAAUGGGCCUGAAGCCAACCCCGUGAAGCAGCUGCAGCCGAAUGAGGAGGACGACUAUCUUGGCGUGUGCAUCCAGCUGCGGAGGGAGCAAGUAGGCACAGGGGCCUCUGGCUUCCUUGAGUGGUGGGUGAUUGAACUGCAGGACUGCCAGGCCAACUGCAACCUGCUACCCAUGGUCAUCUUCAGCGACAAGGUCAGCCCACCCAGCCUUGGCUUCCUGGCUGGCUACGGGAUCAUGGGGCUCUAUGUGUCCAUCGUGCUGGUCAUUGGCAAGUUUGUGCGGGGCUUCUUCAGUGAGAUCUCACACUCCAUCAUGUUUGAAGAACUACCGUGUGUGGACCGCAUCCUCAAGCUGUGCCAGGACAUCUUCCUGGUGCGGGAGACCCGUGAGCUAGAGCUGGAGGAGGAGCUAUAUGCCAAGCUCAUCUUCCUGUACCGCUCACCAGAGACCAUGAUCAAGUGGACACGUGAGAAGGAAUAGGAGCCUGGCUCCUGGGCACGCACCGGGAAUGAAGGAGCUGCCCCAGGGCAGUGAGGCAACCAGGGAUAGCAGAGUUCCUUGGGCCUGGGGGUCACGGUGUAGCUGCCCAAGGCCACCAGCUGUGACACGUCUUCCUUGGCCCAUCUGAGCCCUGAUGCUGCUGCCAUGGGGACACUUGCGUCCCCGCCUGUUGUGCUGGGGGCCCAGUGUAGCCCAGAGCCAGCCACAUUGGGCCUAGGGGCCUGGCUCUCCCUUCCCACAAGUACUGUAGAGUUUUCUAAUUAAAAACAUUUUUAUUUAUACAAA